AUGAAUAAAAACAGCCGCUUGCGGGAGCGUCUGCAGAAAGGCCAGAGGGCUGCGGGUUCCAGGGUGUGCACCUUGGCACGGGGCACCCGGGACGCGGCGCUGACCCGGGACGGCCAUCCCACCGCCGUGGCCUCCCCGCCGCCUUUGCAAAAACAUUUUCUUUCCGUUCCUCUGUGCAUCUGCAGUCGCUCUGUAGUGGUUGGGGGUGUGUCCUUCCCUGGGACCUGGCUCGAGGAUCUCCCGCGGCGCGGGAGCACGUUCCCAGGGACUGAAACUCCCGGGACUGCCCGUGCUUUGUCCUCUGGCCCGCGGCCGCUUGGUAAAGCGGACGCCGCGGCGCCUUCCUCGCCCUGGGCCCGGUGCUCCCCUCCGGGGGCGGGAACGUGCCCUGAGUUUGGCUCCUUGUUCUUUAUUCCUUGGCCUCUCUCUUUCCGCGACCCAUGGGGGCCUGGACUCCGUGCUUCUAGUUGCAUUCUGACCCAAUUGCUUGUCGGGGCGCUCAGAUCCCGCGUCCCCAAGCUCGGCCUUGGGGGCGCGUCCCCGGCUCUCCAGCCCGGGCCUCCAAGCCUCUCUUGCCGGUUCUCCCUCCCUGCAGGCCGCCGAGUCUCCCGGAGGCCCUGGCGCUGCCCUUCCGGACCCGCAACCCUCCAAACUUGGGCUGGACUCCGCUUCGCCGCGCACUCCCUCCCUCCUUCCCUCGCCCGCUGCAGAGCUGUAACUUGGGAGGCUCAGCUCUCAACUUCGGGGUCCGCAUGCGGGGUGUAUGGGAGGGGAGCGGUCGCAUGGCCUGCCCCCGCCGCCCCCGCCGCCCCCGCCGCCCCUUUCUUCUCUCAGCCACGCCGCCGCCUCGGCUCUCGCUGCGGCCACUGGUGA